CGGGGUUCAAUUACAAAAGGGCUGUAUAUACGAGCAAUGCAUUGAAUGACGGAAAGUGUAAUUAGAAGUGUGGAGUAAAAUGAUUACUGUUGUACGUGGACAUGUAGUUAUGGUAAGGAGCCUGUUAACGUCACGCGUGGACCGUACUGGAACGUCAGCGGCCCCCGCAGCAGCCAUCGUUGACAGUAUACCUCCAUAUGGCGCCGCGGACAAGGUUGAUGGCCAUCCAGCUGAGCCUCGUGCCCACUACCCUCAUCCACCGACGUCUAUGUGUGCCAAACGCGGCUCACUUCAUUGACGAAGCGCAACUAGCUGGUCUAGUUUCACAUGCAUAUAUCCUCGAUGCAAGCUGAGCUCCAUUGCGGCACGUCAGCGGAGCGGCGAUUCGUACAAGCGCAUGAAGAGGCUCUCCGUGUUGAUGCUCGCUUCCCUCCCCCUCCGUUUGCCACCAUGCGACUGUGUUUCGACGUCUUCUAGCACAAUUCCUCACACCGUGUUGCGCAAUGGAAACAAACGCUUCGGAGGGGCGACCGACCAGCGAUUCGAUGGUCAAAGCCUUUCUUCCUGCCGCGGCUUGCCGGUCAGCAUUACGGACAUCUCGUCUCCAUCGUUGAUGACGCUCACGACACACUCUGUCCCCGCGAAGCUACGCUGGGGCGACAUGCCGAGGGCAGCGUCGCUUUUGGCAUAAAACGCUCGGAGGAUCCGGCGGAGGGCACGCCCGC